AUGGCUUUCUGUGGGGAGUGUCUCCACAAAGUGUUUUUCACAAAUAACCUGACAGAAGGAGAGGAGUAUAUGAAUCCAGUGCUGCUCUGGGGGCAGAGCUCUCUACUGCGUCUCUAUAGCAAUCAGAAGCAGAAGUACUACAGUGUGUGCCACCAAGGAUUCAACCAGACCUUCGCUAGCCUGUCCUGUGAUGUCCUGGGCAUCAACAGUCAACCCCAAUCAGAGGCAGUAAGUCUUAGCAGUCUACAGCAGCAGGAUGUGGGCAGCUUGGCACUGAUUAAGGAAUCAGAGUUUGAGCACAGGGAGCCACUUCAACCGGUUGCUGCCUGCCCCCAGGAUAAGCUUGUGUCUCUGCACUGCACAGACUGUGGCCGCCCUGCUCUCACCCCAGGGCGCAUCUUGGGGGGCACUGUGGCCGCACUGGGGCGAUGGCCUUGGCAGGCCAGCCUUCAGUGGGAGGGCCGGCACGUGUGUGGGGGGUCAGUGGUGUCACAGCGCUGGGUAGUCACAGCUGCACAUUGCUUCAUUCUGUAUGACUUGCUGUCACCUGCGAAAUGGAAAGUGCUUGUUGGCACAGUAAGCCGGAGUGGGUUCAUGUCAGGCACUCAGUAUAAUGCCCAAAAAAUCCACUACCACACUGGGUUUAAGCAGAGCACCAAUGACUACGAUAUCGCUCUGCUCCGGACUGCCACCCCCAUCUCAUUCACAGACACGGUGCGGCCAGUCUGCCUGCCUGCUUAUGGGCAGAUCUUCCCUUCUGGAGAGACCUGCUGGAUCUCAGGCUGGGGUUUCACGGCAGAGGGGGGCCCUAUCUCUCUGGUUCUCAGAGAGGCUCCUGUUCUGCUCAUUAACAACAAGGUUUGCAGCACAAUGGAUAUAUAUGGCAUCAACAUCACCCCUCGCAUGGUGUGUGCAGGCUACAUGGACGGUGGGAUCGACUCAUGUCAGGGCGACAGUGGAGGUCCGCUGGUGUGCCUGUCAGACGGCUCCUGGAAGCUGGUGGGCGUGGUGAGCUGGGGAGAAGGAUGUGGCCGGCCAAACCGCCCUGGGGUUUAUACCAAUGUGACAGAGCUGCUGGACUGGCUCUACUAUCACAUACAGGCAGACAAGGAUUUGCCCUGAGUCUCCCCCAGGUGGAGAGCAAAAAAACAAAUGUUUAUAAUCCCUUUAUAAUAAUCACCCAUUUUGUGAGGGGAAGAGGGGAGGAUCACCAUAAGAAAUAACAGAUAUUUAUUAAAAAUAAUUUUGUAAUCUUUUUGAAACAAUUUUCAACUUGCAGUAAUAA